AUGGCAACCCCCCAAUCCGCCCCUCCACCCCCUCUCCACCCCUCCUCGGCCGGCAAAAAGAACAACCACCAAAAUGCUCCAGCCAACGCCACAGUUCAUACCCCAGCGGGACCCGCCAGCGCACCCCGCUCCGUCCCAUCUCCCGCCGCCAUCCGUGGCAAAACCCCCGCCGGAAACAGCGCCACUGCAGCGUCAGCAGCAAAUAUGAAACUGGGAGGCACACCCAUGGGAUUUUCUCUCAGUUCCUUGGGGAUGAGUCCUGCAGCUUUUACACCGGGAAUGGCAAUGGGAGGUUUACCCGUGGCCGGCGGCGGCUUCACUCCGGGUGGUAGUUCUUCCUCCACGAUGAUGAUGACGAUGAUGAUGCCCAGCAUGAGUGAUUUGGGGAUUUCGUCGACGGGAAAGAGAGGUGGGGGCGUGGAUGGGGAUUAUGAGCGACGGAGGAGGAUGAAGGGGGUUUUGAGGAAGAUUGGGAGGGGAGGGAAGAGAGGAGGUGGGGUUUGUGAGGAGGGGAUUUGUAGGGUUAGUAGGAGGGUUGGGUUGGCUAAUGAUGUUGAUGCUGAGGGGGAGGAAGCGAGGAGGGAGGCCGAGGGGGAGAGACCGAUUAGUAUCGCGGGGAGGGAUGUGUUGAUUGAUGUGGAGAUGCGGGGCAAUGCGGCGAGGGGAGUCGUGGUUGCGGGUAUGGGAGGGGUGGGAGAGGAGGAGAUGGGGAGGGCGGGGAAGGUGUUGGAGAGGUUGUUGGUAAGGGAUGGUGGAGGAGAUCUGGAGGGGUUUGGGAGGGAGUUGGGGAGGAUUGCGGGGCUGGAUCGAUUGGGUGAGAGUGGGGUGAGUGCUUUUGAGGCGUUGAGUGGGGUGGGGGCAUGUCUAGAGAGAUUGUAUGCAAAGGAGUGUGAGAGGGAGGGGCCGCGAGAUGUGUUGCGGAAGAGGAGUGGGAGGCCUUGGAUGCAUGCGAGGGGGAGAAUUGGUCUGGGGUUGGACUAUUGGACUACGGCUCCUCCCAAAGAUGACAAUGCCAUGCAUCUCGACUCUCAUCCCCAACAAGAAGAAGAAGAAGAGGAUUCCGCAGACUUCCUCACCCUCCACCUCACGGCCGAAAGUUGUCCCGCGGGAAUGUAUCCUCCCAUCCGCAUCUCCUCCGACUGGCUCCCUUCAGACCUCUCCUCCAUUUCCAAGAAUGAUGCCCCAAACCUCCAACACGAUGAAAUCCCCUGGCAAGAUCCCCCACCCACAUACACCAAACCUUCCCCCGAUCAACCCGACACUUCCACCACAACAACUAACACCAAACUCCCCGAUCUCCGCUUCUUGGCCAAACUCGACCCACCUCUAAUCGUCCCCUAUCAAACCGCCUCGCAAAUCCUCGGCGAGUUGGGAGGAGGAGGGGAUGGUGUGCACGGGAUGAUGUUUCGCGAAUGGCAUUUGAUGAUUGCCGGAGAAGCCCAAACCAAUAACAAUGCUUCAGGAGGUAGUGGUGCAGGAGAUAACAACCAAGACGCCAUCUUCCGAGCCAAUGGCCUUUCGGGAAGUUCAAUCGUGUUGGGUAGGGAUGGAAGGGAAUUCAAGCAUAUCUAUGACGUGCAGGUCAGUAAGGCCGAGUGGGGAUAUCGGAUUGAGGAACUACCGUUUGCGCAUCCGAGGCAGGUGGUGGGAAUUUUACCGGUUUUGAGGCAGUGGGGAGUUUUCGGGAGGCUUGUUGGGGGGGUUUUGGGCAAGUCUUCGAUUUCUGAUGUCGAGAAGAAGAAGGAUGGAGAUGCAGAGAAGAAGGAUGGAGAUGGUGUCGGUGAUACUCUGCAUGAUCUCCUUCUUUCACCAUCACUACGGGAGGAUGACAUUGAUCCUUUGGCUAUUUCAAGGAAAGAAGGAGAAAUGGAGGAAGUGAGAUUUCAAGUGGAAAUCAGCACGACGCCUGUGCCUACUUUGAGUUUGAGUUUCCCACUUACUUCUUCUUCCUCGGAGAAGAAGAGGGAGGAGACUGAGGAGAAGGUCAAGAUGGGCAAAGUUCUGGUGCGGAUUGGAAGGAAUGGGGAGGUGGAAUGUUUGGCUGUGCAGGGGCUUGGGGAUGGGGAUGGGGAUGGGGUGGAGAUGGAGGAGGUUAAAGGGAGAAUUUCGAGGGCGUUGGAGAGGUGUUGUUGUUAUGGGGGUGAGGUGGGUGUUUGGGGGGAAUGGUUGAGGAUGGGGGGAAUGGAAGGGGACGGGAGGGGAGGGGAUGGAGGGGAUUGA